AAGACUGGCCAUGAAAUUUUGUAUGAUAUUGAGUGCACAUUUAGUGAGCCAGCAAACCCAAGAAAGCGAAAGUCUUCUAAAGACAAACAAGAAUGGAAGAAAAAAAGUGUGUUCUUCGAGCUCCCGUAUUGGGCUGAAUUAAAGUUAAGAUACAACCUUGACAUCAUGCAUGUUGUUAAGAAUGUAACAGAAAGCAUAACAGCCACAUUAUUUAACAUCAAGGGCAAGACCAAGGACACAUGGAAAUCUCGAGAGGAUUUGAUGGACAAGGGGUUGAAAAGAAGCCUACAUCUACAACCAGAUGGCAAUUCAUACAAGAUGCCUAUGGCUUGCUAUCACUUGACAACUGAUGAGAAAAAAAGAAUUCUAAGUUUCAUAAAGCUACUGAAGUUUCCAGAUGGAUUUGCUUCAAAUAUAUCUAGAUGUGUCAAAGGGGGAGAGUUUCAGUUGUCUCGCAUGAAGAGUCAUGACCUUUAUGUCUUCAUCCAACGAGUUUUGCCGUUAUCAAUUAGGGGUUGCUUGACAAAGGAAGUUCGACUUGUUUUGUAUGAGCUAUGUGAGUUUAUCCAGAUAAUAUGCGCACGAAAUAUGUACCUAGAUGUUCUUGAGAAACAAAAGGAAAGAAUUGUUGUCAUCUUGUGUAAAUUGGAGCGGAUAUUUCCACCGUCAUUCUUUGACAUUAUGAUUCAUCUUUUGAUUCAUCUGCCACAUGAAGCAAGGAUUGCAGGUCCACCUCAAUAUAGAUGGAUGUUCCCGUUUGAAAGGAAAAUGAGUACUUUAAAGGGAUAUGUUCAGAACAAAGCUCGCCCAGAAGGAUGCAUUUCUGAGAGAUAUCUAGAUAAUGAAUGUCUAGCUUUCUGUUCUAUGUAUUUGAAUGAUGUAGACAUGGUGUUUAAUAAGGUUGAGCGAAACAAUGAAAUGAUGGACAUUGGUGGUGAAGUUUCUGUCUUUAAAUGUAAAGGGCGUCCUUUCGGUAACCUCAAAGGGUGUGCUAUGAUGAAAACUGAACUCGAGAAGAUUCAUACAUACAUCUUAAACAAUUGCCCUGAACUUGAAGAACUAUCAAAUGCACACAAGUAGAACUUGAGAAAGAAAGUUAUGACAAUGUAAAUGAACGUCAUAUCAAAUAUUUUGGUUCAUGGCUUCGAAAACGUGUUAAUUCUUGUCCUCAAUCAUUUGCAUCAGAAAUCCGUAUAUUAUCGCGUGGACCUAUAGAUUCUGUUAAUUUUUAUAGUGGAUGUAUGGUAAAUGGAUAUCGGUUUCAUACUCAAAAUCGUGAAAAGGACAGGAAAACUCAAAAUAGUGGGGUUCUAGUGGUGGGUGAUUACGGAGAAAACAUUAUUAACUUUUAUGGGAUAUUACAAGAAGUAUUAGAGCUAGCAUACCUGGGAGAAAAUAAAAGAGUGUUAGUCUUCAAGUGUGGUUGGUUUAGGGUUGCUGAUGUGAAUGGACUCCAAAUUGACAAAGAAUCUGGCUUGACUAGUGUAAAUAUGUCUCGAAAAUGGUUCAAAAAUCAACCAUACAUACUUGCAUCUCAAGCCAAACAAGUUUUUUAUGCACCUGAUUUAAAGCUAGGAAAAAGUUGGCAUGUUGUGCAAAACUGUACCCCUCGCACGCUCUAUGAUGUUCCUGUCCCCCCUGAAGUUAUUUAUCAAGAACCAGAGCCACGUUUGAAUCUAACUGUUGAUUUGAGUAUGGAUCAACCAUCUCUUUCAAGAGGUAGUAUCCCAUUGGAGUUGGUGGAUGCCUCGAUUAUAAGUGAUGCCUUAGGUAGACAACCAAAUCGAAAACUUCAUGGCAUGGAUGACAGUUUCAUUGAUGAUGACGAAGAUGAUGAUGGCAAUGACUCAACCAAUUCAGAACCAUCUCAAAAUGAGGACUCAUGGGAAAAUGAUUUUACAGAUUCGGAAUAGAAUCAGUAUUGAAGCUCACAACAUCCGUGUUUUCACCGUGGUUUCAAAACCUCUGGAUUCAAGCUCAUAUAGGAUGGUUGGACCAGGUAACAGAGCACUUAGAAAGCCACUUAGAAAGCCAUUUAAAAUGCCUGAUGUUCAAAAUUUUAGUAGCAAUUAUGAUGUGAGGAAACCUCAUCAGUCAAGCAGUGAUGUACCACAACGUCACCAGUCAAGUCGCCAUCAUGAUGGUCUACCACCUCAAACGUCAAGUGGCCAUAAAUUACACCCGCAGGAUUCAAAUGAUAGGCAUGGUGGUCCACAUUAUAAGAAGCCAGUCAGCAAACAUGGUCCACAACCUCAGAAUUCAGUUAGCAUACACGGUGUUCCACAACCAUAUAUGUCAAUCAACAAGUCAUUCAACACAAAUGAUAUUCCACAUCAACUCGGAGGUCAUAAGGGGCAAGCAUCUAUUAGGUUGCAAGAUAAAAACCGGCAGUUUCAUGAUACAUUGCAAGCUCACUCAUUCAACACAAAUCAUGCAAGAUGGGUACCACAAACUGAGAGUGAAGUCAACUCCCCACAAAUGGAGGAAGAUGGUCAUGAAGUCGAUUCCCCACAAGUUGAUAGUGACACAAGUGAUUCUCAACAGGACGAGAACAUUGAUUAUUCACCUUCUCAUGGUACAUUCGAUACCCGAACUCAAUCUAGAACCUUGGGUGAAACUAAAAAAAGGCGAUUGAACAAGGGAAAGUUCAUUUUUGAAGUUGAUGAAUAUGACAAGCGUAUAGUUGGUGAUGACAGCCAAAGAUUCAUCACUAAGGGUGGGUGUGUUAUGCGUAAGUUUGCAAAAUUUGAUGGAACCACUUGGAGAAAUCAAGAUGAUAUGUUGAAGAUAGACAUCAUCAACAAAUGAAAAUUCAACUUACGAUCCCAAUUGUCCGUUGAUGGUACAUGCAAUACACUCACAGCUAGCAAACCAACAUAGAAGCAAACAGU